AUGGCAUUCACCUGGACACAGGCCUUCCUGGGUGAUGUUUUCUGGCUCUCUAUGUUCUGGGCACUGUUGUCACGUGUCUGGUGUUUCCAAGGCCAACCAAAAUGGCGCUUCACUACCUCUGAAAUUGUGAUCCCCCGGAAGGUACCCCAAAGAAUGGGUGGAAGUGAGAUGCCAGACCAGCUUGCCUAUAGCAUGCGAUUUCGGGGACAAAGACACGUGAUCCACAUGAAACUCAAGACAAACCUGCUGCCCAGACACUUUCCUAUAUUUACUAACGAUGACCAAGGAGCCAUGCAAGAAGACUACCCAUUUGUCCCUCGUGACUGUUACUACUACAGCUACCUGGAAGGGGUCCCUGGGUCUACAGCGACAGUAGAUACCUGCUAUGGAGGUCUGCGUGGCAUGCUACAGGUAGAUGACUUCACUUAUGAAAUCAAACCACUGCAGACAUCUUCAAAAUUUGAACACAUAGUGUCUCUGCUUAUGUUAGAAGAAAGGACACAGGAGUCUAACAAGUGUAACAGUGAUGAGAUAGGGGAAGUGGCAAAUCAAUUCCUUGAAGAGGAAAAUCUUAUUGAAAGUCCCAGAGCAGCACCAGCUUAUUUGUGGCAGUUACAUAUGAAACACAUAAGAAUUCUCUACACGUUAUCUAACUCACUUAUCAAGAAAAAUGACAACCGUACCUUCAUGGUAGAGAGUGUACUGAUUAUGACCAACAUAGCAGAUACCAUCUAUAAACCAAGUGGUUUGAAUGUCUUUGUACGUGCUAUAUGCUUAUGGAACCAAAACGAUGCCAUAGAUCUUGUAAAUCAACAACCUGGAUCGAUGUUAACAGACUAUGGCAGCUUGAGAACAAAAUUUCAUGGACAGCUAGAAAGUUCUGUCGCAGUGAUUUUAACAGGACAUAAGAUUCAAAACAACAAUUAUUAUGCCAAUUUUAAUGGAAUGUGCAAUGCCUACUGGGGAGCAAUAUUACUCCAUGUGGCAAGAUACCAUGUAUUUCUGGCUGCAACUACUUUAGCCCAUGCAUUAGGUCACAGCCUGGGCAUGCGCCAUGACAGGGUGGGCUGUGUUUGUUUUAGAAGACGCAAUUGUGUCAUGAAUGAAAAUAUUGGCCUUCUGGAUAUGCUAAGCAAUUGUUCUCAAGCUGUGAUAUAUGGAAGGAUCAAUGGUUGGGACACUUGCCUGAGUAGUCUUAAUAUUCCUUAUACUAAUUUUCCCUACACAUUAUCUCGCUGUGGAGAUAAGAUCCAUGGUGAAUCUGAGCAAUGUGACUGUGGCUCCUUCAAAGAGUGUGCCUCUAGUAAGUGUUGUAACAUCGACUGUACACUAACUAUGGGCAGUGUGUGUAGUUUAGGAACUUGCUGCCUGGACUGUAAAUUUGCUCCCUCUGGAACAAUUUGCAGGGACCAACGUGGUAUUUGUGAUCUGCCAGAAUACUGUGAUGGAAAGUCAGAGAAUUGUCCAGAGGACUUUCACAUUCAAGAUGGAACCCCCUGUUCAGCAGUAUCAGUAUGUAUGGCUGGAAACUGCAGCGACCGAGACACACAGUGUCAGGCUCUUUUCGGAUACCAAGUCCACGAUGGCUCACCAGCAUGCUACAAAGAAUUGAAUCGCAGAGGUGACCGAUUUGGAAACUGCGGGGUGAGUUUGCAAAGAGGGGGAAGCAAACCUGUUGUAUGUGAAGAUGAUAAUGUAUUUUGUGGACUGCUGCACUGUGGAGAUGUCACUCGUGUUCCUGGUGGAGGUGAGCAUACUACAUUUCAUCAUAUAAGAGUACAAGAUCUUAAAGAAGAACACUGCUUUGGCUAUGAUGCACACCACGGAUCAGAAGUCCCAGAAAUGGGGCUUGUCGUGGAUGGUGCAACCUGUGGCCCAGGGAAAUUCUGUCGUAGGCAGAACUGCACUUUUCAUCAAGACAUCGGUUUUGACUGUGAUGUCAGCACUUGUAAUUUCAGAGGGGUGUGUAACAGCAAGAGUCAUUGUCACUGUAUAUAUGGUUGGCAACCACCAUCAUGUGACCAGAGAGGAAUGGGUGGUAGUGAAGACAGUGGCCCUCCACCUACCAAUGACCAAGGUCUUCAAGCCCAGAUACGCAUGAGUAUAAACAGGAUCCUGCUUGUUCUCUUCACUCGCAUGAUUCUCAUUCUGGUCGCACUUCUUUUUGGUGCAAUUUUAAGAGCAGCAAUCGUGGACACUGAAGAAAGUGCUGCAGGACAUCCAAAUCCACAUAAUUGAUCUCAUUAAAUACUAAAUGGGGCCACAGAGUGAACAGAAUCAGUAUCAAUCAC